UGUUAGUGCUGUUCACGUCACAGUGGUGCCACCAAGAGUGACUCAGAUGUAUCCAUAAUCCAGUUUAAUCAACAUGUGUGUCAUGUCGCUGCCCAGAAAGUGAGUCUUCAGGUUAAUGAUACAAUGAACGGAGCAGCUCCAGCAUUUGUGUCAUCAAAAUGACUCUUCUGUGUCUCAAAUCCAGGCUGAACUGUCCAAGAUCACAGGUUUCUAUUCCUGACUUCUGUCUCAGGGUUGAUUUUUUCCUUAAGUACACAGUGAAAUGGCUGGCACAGCAGCGUGGCGUCUGAAUCCAUGUGACAUUAUCUGUUAUGACUUUUAAGGUGUUCCGACACGGCGAUCGAUCGCCUAUUGAGUCGUAUCCCAGUGAUCCUCAUGGGGAGAAAGUGUGGGGUCAAGGCUUCGGACAGCUGACUGAGCUGGGCAUGAAACAACAGUUUGAGCUGGGCAGGUUUCUAAGGAGGCGUUAUGGCAACUUUCUCAGUGAGGACUACAACAACAAAGAGUUCUAUGUGAGGAGCACUGACUACGACCACACUCUGAUGAGUACCCAGGCAUGCCUCGCUGGGAUGUUCCCCCCAACCAGACGCCCGCCUCCCAUCGUGCCCCAGUUACUGUGGAGGCCUAUUCCAGUGCACACUGUCCCCAGGGCCCAGGACAAGCUGUUAAAGUCUCCAGGCAAAGACUGUCCAAGGUUCAGAGCUCUGAUGACGGAGACCUUUGAGAGCGAGCACUACCAGAGGUUCCUCAGGGCUCACCAGUACUUUGUGGAGGGACUUUCCAACCACACUGGCUACCCCGUCUCCAAACUGGUUGGCAAAAAAAUAUGGAGGGUCUACGACACUCUUACCUGUCAGCUGAUUCAUAACUUGACUCUCCCACGCUGGGCCACCCAAGAUGUUCUGGACACCCUGAAGAGAAUUGCAUCAUUUGAGGUCAUGUACAGCAUUCUCAGUCACAAGCGCAAAGAGAAGGCCAGGCUCUCGGGAGGGGUGCUGCUGAAUGCCAUUCUGAGGAAUUUCUCCAGGGCUGUAGAGCAAGGGAGCACUCUCAAAUUCAUUAUGUACUCAGCUCAUGACUCUACCCUCAUCACCCUCCAGGCGGCUCUGGACGUGUACAACGGCCUUCUUCCUCCUUAUGCUGCCUGUCAACUCUUUGAGUUCUACCAGGAGUAUGAUGGUUCCUAUUCUCUGGAGCUGUAUUACCGCAAUGACUCCUGGCACGACCCUUACCCCAACCCUGUGGCAGGAUGCAACGGGUUGAACCCCUGCCCUUUGUCCACGUUCACUGAGCUGGUGCGGGACGUGGUGGCAGAGGACUGGGAGGCUGAGUGUGGGUUCAGGACCAGAUUGUCAAGCACAGGUGAAGAAGUGAAAUUCGAUAUAUUCUCAUGACUUCUAUUUCAACAAAUAUUUUUGGCCUUGUUAAUGCAUCACUGCAAUAUGUUUAUUCCUGUAUUUACUU